AUGAUGAACAAAGGGGACGGUGGGUGCGAUGACGGUCUAUUUCAAGAUCUGCAGAUUGAAAAGACAAGGUCUGAUAUCAAAGUUCUACUCGCAUUCUUGGAUGCCAAAUAUACCAAUAACAUUGAAGACGAAGAGACUCGACAUAAGAAAAGCCCACCCACCGCGACAUUCGAAAUGCUUUGGAUGCUCCUGAAUCCUGCAACAAGGGUCUAUACCGAUGUUGACGGCGAGCCAGCGGCCUUUGUCAUCAGAUCUGCUACCACGAACAAGGCGAGCCGACGUAUUGGUAGGCGUUUGACUUCCAUCAGUGUCUUCAGCUUCAGCGGCGAACGAGAAGUUUCUAGCCUAAAGGCCUUUCCCGCCGACAUGGCCUCGGACAAAGCUUUGCGACCAAGAUUGGAAAAAGCUGUAAAGCAAUAUUACAAAGGAAGGGUCGUUCUCGAUCCCACGUCAUACUGGUCAUACGGUGAUACCGAAGAGGCUCCACCGCCAAUUGGAGACCUGGACGAUGAGGGGUCAGGAGUAGACGGAAAGUGGAGUACCUACGAUGACAUUGACCCUAGAGAUGAGAUGCUUUUCCCACGGAAGAUCGUGGGCUUCGUACUCAAGAAUAGAGAAUGGGAGGGACUGAAAAUCAACCACGUCUCGCGAUAUGAGCCCAAAGGUAAUGCAAUCAAGAACCUCGUCAUGGAUGAUAGACACCCGGAAGUUAGUCGAAGUCCUCACCUGCAAAUAUAA